AUGAAGCGGUUGAUUUUCUAUCCCUGUGAUGUACUGAAGUUGAUCUCUGUUUCCUUCCUGCAGGAUGAGCUGCUGCUUGGCACAGAGGCGUGUGUCCUGACGCUGUGGGCAGGCACAUGUGCAUCUGGAGAGAUGGACCGCUGUAAGCACGUGGGGCGUCUUCGCCUAGGCCACGAACACUCCAUCCUCAACUCACAGAAAUGGCGCUGUAUGGACUGCUGCACCACCGAGUCAGUGUGGGCCUGUCUCAAGUGUUCCCACGUGGCCUGUGGCCGCUUCAUGGAGGAGCACUCCCUCAAACACUUCCAGGAGUCAAACCACCCCCUGGCCAUGGAGGUGCGGGAGCUGGACGUCUUCUGCUUCGCCUGUGGGGACUAUGUGCUCAACGACAAUGCUGAAGGAGACCUCAAGCUCCUGCGAGGGGCGCUCUCCACUGUGCGCAGCCCUGGCAGGCGCUCCCUGCGCUCCUCUGCAGGGGGUGACUGCAACCCCUGGGUGGGCGAGAGCGGGCCCCAGCCUGCCAUGCAGACGGCGUUAUGGCACCGAAGGAAGGUGCUGCUGGGGAAGAUGCUGCGCCGCUGGAGGAGCCGGCAGCAGGAGGAACAGAGCCAGCGGGAGGAGAAACUUGAGGAGGUCCGGCGCCAGAAGAAUGAGGUGAAGAGGAGACUCAUGGGAGAGCUGGCCAAUGUGCCGCCCAGGAAGAGUGCCAGGCUGCUCACCCAGGCACCCCGCUCAACCAUCACACUCAUCCCCCUGAAGUUCCGCGACCCUCCGGAGCGUCUGCCUCCGCCCAAAAAGCCCUCCCUUCUAUCCCUGAAGCCCCCCAGCAAUGGCAGGACCCGUAAACUCAAAGUACGGAGGUACUACUCCUCCCAUAAAGCGACCCGUCGUAGACUGGCCCCGGGGGUCACAGGGCUACGUAACCUUGGGAACACGUGCUACAUGAACUCUAUCUUACAGGUGCUGAGCCACCUGCAGAAAUUCAGGGAGUGCUUCCUCACAUUGGACAUGUGUGAGACUGAGGAGCUGCUGGCCAAGACAAACCAGGGUGUGGCUGGGGCUGUGGUGGGGAGUGGUAGUGCAGCCACACCAGGCUGCCCUCUGGGACGUGGCAUGGGGAAGGCAGCCAGUGGGGGUCUCACUGCUGUCAGCAAGCAGAGCUCGCCCCCCUGCCUAAACGCAGCAGAGCUGGUUCAGUCCAAGGAGCCGCGCACCUCCACCCGCCAGCAGAUGUCACUGUGCCACGAGCUGCACACACUGUUCAGGGUCAUGUGGUCGGGCCGAUGGUCAUUGGUGUCGCCCUUUGCCAUGCUACACUCUGUGUGGAACCUGAUCCCAGCGUUCCGCGGCUACGACCAGCAGGACGCCCAGGAGUUCCUGUGUGAGCUGCUGGACAAGGUACAGCAAGAGCUGGAGUCAGAGGGCAGCAAGCGCAGGAUCGUCAUCCCCAUCACCCAGAGGAAGCUCUCCAAGCAGGUGCUCAAGGUCCUCAACACCAUCUUUCACGGACAGCUACUCAGCCAGGUAAGGGACUCAACUCAUUCCCAUGGCAAUAGUACACAACACAUUCAUUUAUUUAGGUUUGACCUUCAACACCCUAUCAUGGCUGAAGGUAGUCACUAAAGACCUAAUGAUGUUUAUUAAUCACAUUAGGUUUAAGCUUUUCCCACUUUAGACUAGGUUUUCUCUCCUUAUACUAGUUGAUUGCUGGAUUUCACUCCAGCUGAGUCUUUUUUAAGAGCUACCUAUUGCUUUUUACUGAGCCCUUUUCCAAGUUUCCCAAGUCCAGCAGGGCAAUACAGUUGCAAACCAGGACUUGGAUGUCGGCUCUCUGGUUUUUCAACUAAUUAGCCCUUGGUGAAAUGUUUGCUUGGUUAUCCCUGUAUCCGUCCAGGUGACUUGUCUGUCCUGUAAGCACAAGUCGAACACGGUGGAGCCGUUCUGGGACCUGUCCCUGGAGUUCCCGGAGCGCUACCACAGCAUGGAGAAGGGCUCGGCUGCAUCUCUGGCCUACCAGCGCAGCUGCUCCCUCACUGAGAUGCUGGCCAAGUUCACUGAGACAGAGGCCCUGGAGGGCAGCAUCUAUGCCUGCAACCACUGCAACAGUUAGUACUGGGACAGAGACUCAUGUCUGUUUGUGGAAUAGACUAAUCCUCCUGUACUGUGUUUUGCUAUCCUUUUUAUUCAGCUAUUCAACCAGAAUCAUGGUUAGGGAAGUAGGCCUAUAGAGAGCAAUAGUAAUGGCGUCUUUUUGUAGGCACUAACACCGCCAUGGUUUGUUGGACAAAGCCUAUGGGGGAAAUUAAUGGAGUUUUUGUAGGUUUUGGAUACACGCCGAAAAUAAGGUCUGUGGUAAGCACAGGCUUAGGAGAUCUUAUACGUUUUGUUCUAUGAGAUAAUCUUAAUCAACUGAAGUCACUUUUUGAAUUUAUCAUUUAAUUUAAAAAAGCACAAAGGUGUCAUAAUUCAUAAAGAUCAUGUUAACUGGCGUCAUAAUUCAUAAAGGUCAUGUUAACUGACUGAUAUUAUCUCAUAGCACAAAACCUAUAAGAUCUCCUAAGUAUGUGUUUCCGGUUUUUAGGACUACAAGCUGGAGAGCACUAUUGUGUGUUUCUCUCAUUUUGGGCUAGAUUUUAUUUGACCAAUUAGCCAAUAGACGGAUAUUGAAAGUGAAACUGAGUUUGUACUUUCGGGGUAAUCACAAUAUAGUUCUGCUUUUCUAGUGGUCACGUCCUGUACCUCCAUGUUACAUGUCUGUGACCUCUGUUUUAUAUUUGUCAGGGAAAAGACGGAAGACGUCCCACAAGCCCCUGGUUCUGUCAGAGGCAUGUAAGCAGCUGCUGAUCUACCGCCUACCUCAGGUUCUACGGCUGCACCUCAAACGCUUUAGGUCCAUACUGGUCAUUCAGAGCGUUUAUUACAUUUGCAGGAAGUAUUUAUUCAAAUACACCCAGUUUGUCUACUGCAUUUGAAGACUUUGUCUGCUUACACCCACCACUUUGUCUAUCGUGUCUGUCCUUCUUGGUUUCCAAAUGUGUGUUAUGGUUUAGUUGGUAGGAUUGUAUAUUUCUGCAAGGGGAUGUCUUGUAACAAGGCCAAGCAUAAGAUAACCAAUCCCUGUUCUGUGACAGAUGGUCAGGCCGGAACCACAGGGAGAAGAUUGGCGUCCAUGUGGCCUUUGACCAGGUUUUGAACAUAGAGCCCUACUGCUGCACAGACUCGGGCCAGUCGGUUCACAGAGAGGGCUACACCUACGACCUGUCUGCUGUAGUCAUGCACCACGGGAAAGGCUUUGGCUCAGGGCACUACACUGCAUACUGCUACAACACAGAGGGAGGUGAGUGGGACCAAGAUAUCAGAAACUUGCAUCAAAGCUAAUAACUCUUUCUUAGAAUAGCCUACAGUUUAGGUGGAAUUGUCAUGUGGUCUUUUCAGAUUUAAAAAACAUGAUGAAUUGGUAAAAUGUAUAGUUUGGUUGUGUAGUGCAGUUGACUCUCAUAAACAGUUUGCUCCAAGUGUAACCUAAUACAUGAGUUCCUGUUGGGACUGUAGCCGUAACCAGCCCCCUCCCUGUGUGUGUUUCCAGGUUUCUGGGUCCACUGUAAUGACUCUGAGAUGAACGUGUGCAGCGUGGAGGAGGUGUGCAACACUCAGGCCUACAUUUUGUUCUAUACCCAGAGGUCUGCCUAGACCCCUCUCUCUCCUACACCCUACACCAGGGUGUACUACCUGACUGAUGUCUACCUGGUCUGGGGGACUGAGACCUAUAUCUGUGUCUGUUGCCUAGGGGUCUGCCUGGGCAUGUUACACUUCCUCUACCAGGCUACAUCCUGGUUUACACCUAGAUUUGCCCUGGCUUGAAACAACUCAGCCCACAUUUGUUGAGUCUGGUAUGCUAACAGCCAUGUGAGAGCUACUGAACGUUGUACCACAAGGGAAAGCAACGUUGAUCACGGUUAGUUAUAUAUUUCACCAGGUGUCAAAGUGCUUUACAUUGUAUAGGAGUUAACUUGCCUCAUCCUCCACCAAUGUUUAUUAUCUCCCUCCUAGGGUGAUGAACAGCAGCCAUUUGGAACGGAAUAGGAAUCCUUCCGUGGCUAAACUAAUUGAGUUUCCCUUUUGUGGCUCAGGAUCAGAGAUGAUUAAUUGCAUCAGGUGAUUCAGAGCCUGGGUGGAUUAUGGCAAGCCUGCAGAUACUAUCAGACACUCCAUAACCAAUGUUGCCUAGCCUACCUCUGUUCUGUAUUCUCAACCACAAUGAGAUGUCAGCCAAGGGCAUUUUAGUCUCCAACCCAGUGUCAUCUUUAUCUCACUAUGACCUUUCUCGUUCUGACACGUUCUGCUGUGGAUAUCUCAGGCUUGAAGGCCUUGGUCUGGGCCAACAGAAUGAAUGGUAUAGAUGGUGUGUAGAUAUUCCUUGAUGUACUCCAUUUCCCUACCUUGAAUGGAGGUAUGGGGUUGUGUGGCAGACAGCUACUUUGGAGAUGGAUGGAAACUGUAUUGAGCCAACUGGCGUCAUGCUGCACCUUUAUGGAGGAGGGGCUUAGGUUAUUGAUCCCAUGAUCAAUGGGCUCCUUCUGAUAUUUUAUUGACUUCUAUGUCAUGUGGCAGCUCUCUUCUCCUCCUACCUUAAUUGUAGAGGCUAGUUUAGGCUCUGGUUGGAGUCCGGUAACUCAGUUCAUGGGUAGAAAUGGAUGGAAGAAUGAACAAAGGACUGAGAUAUUGGAGAGUGUGUUGUUGGGAUAAUUGUUUGGGUUAAGAGGGGUACCCAUUUCACUGGAGUGGAGCACCUGCAAGCAAUAUACGUGUGACAUCAUGACAUGAAAUCCAAGAUAAAAUCAGGAAUUCUUCAGCUUUGUAAUACGUAGUUUUUUUUCUACUCUGCUGUUUCUAUUUGGGGUCUUAAUAGUUUGCC